UGUGUUUUUCCUGGAUUUACAAGCUUUUGUUUGAGUUCCUCUUUCUGUGGAUUUAUACCUGAUUUCCUGCAGGUUUUCUGGAUUUAUUUAGUUGGAUUCGAGCUUAAUCUUCCCUUUGUGGUCUUCUGCAAAAUGUCGGACAGAACAAUGGCGCGGCAAGUACUGCUGUUGAUUUGGUUUCUCUCUCUCAGUUCAGCUCUCGGGCAGGUCAGUUACUCCAUUCCUGAGGAAAUGGCGAAAGGCUCUUUAGUCGGUAACAUAGCGCAGGAUUUGGGUUUAGAUUUAAAGAGACUGAAAUCGGGUAAAGCCCGUAUUUAUACCGGAGACAGCGCUGAAUACAUCGAGCUGAAUAAAGUAAGAGGAGUCCUCCUUAUCAAAGAGAGAAUAGACCGAGAGGCGCUAUGCGGACAGACAACGCCUUGCGCGCUACAUUUCCAGAUUAUUCUGGAGAACCCGAUGGAGCUUUACCGAAUUACAGUUGAAAUAACGGAUAUAAACGAUAAUGCUCCAAUCUUUAUGAGGACAGAGAAACGAUUUGAGAUUAGUGAAUCAGCCAUUAUGGGAUCCAAAUUUGUUUUAGAAAGGGCAUUUGACCAAGACAUCGGUAUAAAUGGGCUCCAGAGCUAUUAUUUGACGCCAAAAGACAAUUUCGAUCUUAAGCUUCACAGUCAAGUGGACGGAAGUAAAAAAGUAGAAAUGAUUCUACACAAACCCCUUGAUCGAGAGAAGCAGGAAAACAUGUCUUUAUUAUUAACUGCAGUGGAUGGUGGUGAACCUGUGUUGUCAGGGACCGUCCAGAUACAUAUUGUAGUGCUCGAUGUAAACGAUAAUGCACCUGUUUUUAGUAAAUCAAACUAUAAAGCAGUUAUAUCAGAAAAUUCGCCCAUUGGCACAUCACUUAUUUCGGUUAGUGCGUCUGAUCCGGACAAAGGAACAAAUGGUCUCAUAAUCUAUUCUAUUUCAAAUGGUGCUGAUCGAAUGUCUGAGCUGUUUCAUAUUGAUGAAAAAGGUGACGUAACAUUGGUCGGAAAAAUUGACUAUGAACUCGCAAAACACUAUCAAAUUGACAUUGAAGCAACAGACAACGGCGGGCUUUCCGAUUCUUGUAAAAUUAUCUUGGAUGUUAUUGAUGUAAAUGAUAACGCACCUGUUAUCGGAGUGAUGUCGAAAUCUGUCUCCAUUGCGGAAGACUCACCACAGAGUACAGUGAUUGCCAUAAUCAGUGUUAACGAUCCGGAUUCCGACAGUAAUGGACAGGUUCAGUGCCGUGUAAAUGAAAAUAUUCCUUUUACAAUCAAAUUAACGUCUAAUGGGUUCUACAGUCUAGUGAUAGACAGCGAUUUAGAUCGGGAGAGAGAGUCUGAGUAUAACAUCAGUGUGACGUGCGCUGAUGAGGGCGUGCCCUCUCUCUCCAGCAGCGUCACUCUCUCCUUACAGAUAUCAGAUGUGAAUGAUAACGCGCCUGUGUUUGACAAGAGCUCAUAUGAGGCCUCUGUUCAAGAAAACAACACACCGGGUCUUUCCAUAUUCACAGUCAGAGCCAGAGACGCAGAUUUUAACCAGAAUGCCCGUGUGUCUUACAUACUGGAGGACUCCUCUGUUAACGGAGUGCCCGUCUCCUCGUUGGUGUCCGUUAGUGCUGAUAGUGGAGUCAUACAUGCAGUGCGAUCUUUCGAUUACGAGCAGAUCAAAGAUUUCCAGUUCCGCGUAAAAGCGCAAGACGGAGGCUCCCCUCCUCUCAGCAGCAACGUGAGUGUGAGAAUAGUUAUUCAGGACCAGAAUGACAACGCGCCUCAGGUUCUGUAUCCGGUCCAGUCUGGUGCUUCUGUGGUGGCUGAAAUAGUGCCUCGUUCGGCAGAUGUGGGUUAUCUGGUCACUAAAGUGGUGGCUGUUGAUGUGGACUCUGGACAGAAUGCCUGGCUCUCAUAUAAACUGCAGAAAGCCACAGACAGGGCGCUGUUUGAAGUGGGCUUACAGAAUGGAGAAAUAAGAACUGUACGUCAAGUGACAGAUAAAGAUGCUGUGAAACAAAGGCUCACUGUUGUAGUGGAGGACAACGGGCAGCCCUCUCGUUCAGCUACAGUCAAUGUGAACGUGGCGGUGGCGGACAGCUUCCCUGAAGUGCUCUCCGAGUUCACAGACUUUACGCACGACAAGGAAUACAACGACAACCUGACUUUUUAUCUGGUCUUGGCCUUGGCUGUAGUUUCCUUUCUCUUUAUCGUGUCUAUCAUAGCCAUACUGUCAGUCAAAUGCUACAGAUGGAGACGUGAGCGGAUGUAUUACAAAUCUGGCGCGAAUCUGCCGGUUAUUCCGUAUUAUCCGCCUCUUUACGCAGACGUAGGGGGCACAGGAACUUUACAGCACGUGUACAAUUAUGAGGUUUGCAGAACCACUGACUCCAGAAAGAGUGAUCUGAAAUACGUCAGACCUUGCAGUGAGAGCAUCAUUAGUCUGGACACCAGUGGAGCACAGACACUCCCGCAUGCGCAGAAAGACAAACUGACCAAUGACGAUUCUUUUGAUCAGUUCGUCAGAAUGGACUCAAAGUGCCGCUGUUGUUCAGUGUGUGACAGUUUAGAGAGCAGAUCUGCAGCAGUUCCACCCCCAUCAUCUCCAUAUUAUUAUAGAGAGAGACGGAAGCUGAGCACACAGUCUGAAGAGGAGGAGAGAUAA